AAAAAAAAAAAUAUGUUAUAACAUUGGAAUCAUCAGUCUCUAAGCAGUAGUAUCACACCAAACUCAAAUAUGGCUACUACCACUGCAGCAGCAGCCUCAGGUAUCUUUGGGAUCCGGAUUCAAGAUCCUAGACCUGGAACCGGUAGGGUCCAAGCCCGGUUUGGGGGGUUUAAUUUCGGAAAAAAGGAACCUGCUCCACCCCCAAAGAAGUCAAAGCCGGUCCAAGACGGGUUUGGGGGGUUUAGUUUCGGGAAAAAGAAACCAGCUCCACCGCCAAAGAGGUCAAAGCAGGUCCAAGACGACGGAGACAGACUAGUCUGGUUCCCCGGCGCAAACCCGCCUGAAUGGUUGGACGGAUCGAUGAUCGGAGACCGUGGUUUCGACCCUUUCGGUUUAGGUAAACCGGCUGAGUAUCUUCAGUUCGAUUUCGACGAGCUUGACCAAAACCUUGCCAAGAACGUGGCGGGUGACGUCAUCGGGGUCAUCCAAGAGUCGUCGGAGAUCAAAGCGACGCCGUUUCAACCGUACACUGAAGUCUUUGGGAUCCAACGGUUCAGAGAAUGUGAGCUGAUCCAUGGAAGGUGGGCCAUGCUUGGUGUUCUUGGCGCCCUCGCCGUCGAGGGUCUCACCGGAAUCGCAUGGCAAGACGCCGGAAAGGUUGAAUUGGUGGAAGGGUCGUCGUAUUUGGGACAGCCAUUGCCGUUCUCGUUGACGACGUUGAUAUGGAUAGAGGUGUUAGUGGUCGGGUACAUCGAGUUCCAACGUAACGCUGAGCUUGAACCGGAGAAACGGAUUUACCCGGGUGGGUAUUUUGACCCGCUGGGACUCGCGUCUGACCCAGAGAAGUCGGAUACAUUGAAGCUGGCGGAGAUAAAGCACUCUCGUCUCGCCAUGGUCGCAUUUCUCAUCUUUGCUCUUCAGGCGGCCUUUACAGGCAAAGGCCCCAUCAGCUUCCUCGCCACCUUUAGCAGUUAAGGGAUGAGCCUUUCUAUCUUUAUUUUAUCCAAAAAAAAACAUAUCUUAUACUUUUAAAACUGUAUUAUGUAUGUUAUAUCAGAGGUACGUCGUUUAUUUGUUUGGUGUUGUUGGAACUGGUUUAUCGUAUGUUGAUCUUGUGUGUAAAGCAGGCUUGGUUGAGUUUAUA